AAAGCAAUGAACUUUCCCUUUAUAUUCUCUCCAUCUCCUCAAACAUUUUUCCAUACAUUACAUAAACUUUUUCUUUUCUGAGUUUUGGUCUUCACUCUUCAUCAUAUAGUAAUAAUCCUAGUUCUAGUUCUUAAUGAUCAUGGAGCUUCUUGAUCAUCAUGGUAGGCCUAUAAUAAUCUGCCUCUUGUUGUUGAUUGUGUUGUCAAGACCCUCACAAGGGUACAAAUUCUAUGUUGGUGGGAAAGAUGGUUGGGUUCUGAAUCCUUCUGAGAGUUACAACCAAUGGGCGGAAAGGAACAGGUUCCAAGUCAGUGACACAUUGGUGUUUAAGUACAAGGAGGGAUCAGAGUCAGUGUUGGAGGUGAAGAAAGAAGACUAUGAGAAAUGCAACAAAAAGAAGGCAAUAAAGAAACUAGAGGGGGGAGAUAGUAGUGAGUUCCAAUUUGAUAGGUCAGGUCCAUUCUACUUCAUUAGUGGGAAUGAUGAUAAUUGUGAGAAAGGUCAGAAGCUUAUUGUUGUGGUGUUAGCUCAAAGACCACCACCACCACCUCCUCAAAAUACACCAAAAUGUCCUCCUCCUUCACCAAUUCAUAAUCCUCCCUAUGUCACUCCACCACAAGCUCCUUCUCCCGGACAUAACAAUCAUCAUCCCAACCCUCCAUAUACCCCAAUAGUUCCCCCAAAAACACCUUCACCAACUCCACCACAAGCUCCCUCCCCUGGCCAUAACCCACCGUAUGUUACUCCAACACCACCACAAGCACCUUCCCCUGUUCCACCAUAUGUUACCCCAACUCCACCACAAGCUCCUUCUCCUGGACAUCCCAACCCUCCAUAUACCCCAAUAGUCCCUCCAAAAACACCUUCACCAGAAGCACCCUCCCCUGGCCAUAACCCUCCAUAUACUCCAAUAGUUACUCCAACACCACCACAAGCUCCUUCCCCUGCCCAUACUCCAAUUAUUCCACCAUACGUUACUCCAACUCCACCGCAACCUGCUCCUUCCCCCGGCCAUAACCCUCCAUACACUCCAAUAGUUCCACCACAAGCCGCACCUUCCCCCGGCCAUAACAAUCAUCAUCCUAACCCUCCAUACACUCCAAUUGUUCCACCAUCACCUGGUAACAAUCCAUAUGUACCAACACCAAGAUCAUCACCUUCUCCAUAUGUACCAACGCCAAUUUCUCAACCACCUUAUCAUACUCCAACUCCACCACAGCCUCCUUCCCCUGCUCAUAACAAUCAUCACCCUAAUCCUCCAUAUGUUCCAUCACCAAUUUCUCAAGCUCCUUCCCCUGCUACCAACAACAACCAUUACCCAAACCCACCAUAUGCUCCAUCAAACCCUCCAAAAACACCAUCACCGCUUUCUCAGCCUCCCUAUAGUGCUGCUGCUCCAACGCCAACAUCAUCACAACCACCAUACAAUACUUCCCCUGUUUCUCAACCUCCCACCGGCACCGGAACUGCACCCAUAGGCUCACCACAGUACUCUCCAACAGCGCCAUCACCUUCGGUUUCAACUCCAUCACCGGCGUCUGCUACACCAUCACCACCCUCACCCUCACCCUCCAUUUCUACAUCCGCUCCGACUCCUCUCGCUUCCCCAUCUUCCUCUCCAGGAGCAGCAACUCCUGCAGCCACGCCGGACUCCUUGAGUCCCGGUGGGGCCGCCACGCCGGCGUCGUCUUCGAACGAAACGACACCAGCAACGCCAAACGGGAAACCUUCGUCGUCUGGAUGGGCUGCAAAUCCAUCACCAGUUUCGGUUAAUUCAGCCAUCGCCAUUUUCGUCGCUGCCGCACUAAGCACUAUUAUUGCCUAGAUAAUCAUUAAUUAACGAGAGUUAAUUAAUUAAUUAGCGUUCGUAAAUAAUCUUCUGCAUGCUCAUUGUUACUUCUUUUUAAAAGAAUUUUUGGAUAUAUAAUUUGUGAUUUUUUUUUGGGUAACUAUUGUUAUUUUGGACAUAAUUAAAGAGACAUGUAUGUGUAUGUAUAAUGUGCCUUGGAGUUUGAUUGUUUGGAGUGUCGAAUUCUUUGGUGGUUGCAAUAACAUGCAGAUCAUAUAUAAAUUUGGAUUUUUUUUUUUUU